AUGUUUUUGGAUUUAUCGGAUGUUACAGUACAAGUAUCAGUAUAAGAACAAUCCACUUCGAUAUAUUAUGAAUUCGAUAUAGUAACUUUGCAGAUAUUGGCAUACCUACAGUCAACCACAACUUGCUUUGAAUUAGUAAUUGUAACCUCAACUUACUAAGCAUACUAACCUUUUACAUAAGAAAUAACAUUACUUUUUUACUUGUAUGAAUAUGAAAACCUUGGGCUAUUUGAAAUAGUAGUUGAGCAUUUUGUUGUGCUGUAACUGCAAUCUACGAAAAAUCCAUCACUCUAUGUCACAGUGGUAGUGCAAGUUUCAGCAUAGAUACAAUUGACUGUAGGGUAUAUUGCAUUUAAAUAUGAUCCUUAAUUAGAGGUAGCAAUGGAAGUUGUGCAAGUGGGUACAUUUGAACAAUCAAAGUAGCAUGCAAGUUAACUAAUACAAUAAUUAAUACAAUACGAAGAUCCUUUGCAAUCAACCAAAUUGUGA